AACAGGUCAUACCUGUCAUAGUGGAGAAUGAAAUUUCAGAAAAUUGGACAUCGCAAUUUCCUCAGAUCUUCGCAGCUGAACGCAGCAAAUUGAAACCCUAGUUUUACUAAUCCACCAUAGUCAUCUUCAUCAGGAAAUUGAGUGGAAAUGCAGCACGCUCCAGCGACGAUCGAAGAACAGUUGUUACUAAAAGCAAUCAAAGAAGAAUGUCCGUGGGAGAAUCUCCCAAAACGGCUUCAAGUGACAUUGUCUUCGAAAGAAGAAUGGCAUAGAAGGGUAAUUGAGCAUUGCAUAAAGAAAAGACUCCCAUGGAACAUUUGUUUUGCUCGAAAAGUAUGCAAAGAAAGUGAAUAUUAUGAAGACAUGAUGCGGUACUUGAGAAAGAAUUUAGCGCUAUUUCCCUAUCACCUUGCGGAGUAUGUUUGCCGUGUAAUGCGGGUGUCGCCUUUCAGAUAUUACUGUGAUAUGAUUUUUGAAGUUAUGAAAAAUGAACAACCUUAUGACAGCAUCCCCAAUUUUAGCGCUGCAGAUGCCUUGCGGCUUACAGGGAUAGGGAGAAACGAAUUUAUUGAUAUAAUGAAUAAGUGCAGAUCUAAGAAAAUUAUGUGGAAGCUGAACAAGUCAAUUGCAAAAGAACUUUUACCUACACAACCCGUGGAUUUUGCAAUUGAUCCAUGGUGGGGAAUUUGUCUUGUGAAUUUCACACUGGAAGAAUUUAAGAAACUCUCGGAGGAAGAAAUGGCAACAAUAGAUAAAAUAUGUAAAGAGGAAGCAAAUUCAUAUAUCCUGUUCGAUCCUGAUAUUGUUAAGGGUCUUCACCAACGAGGAUUAAUAUACUUUGAUGUCCCUGUUUAUCCUGAUGAUCGUUUCAAAGUUUCCAGGCUUGAAGGGUUUGUUUCCAACAGGGAGCAAUCUUACGAAGAUCCUAUAGAGGAGUUACUAUAUGCAGUUUUCGUUGUUUCAAGCGAGCAUGCAACUGUUGCCGAAUUGGCAACAACAUUACAGGCCGACCUUGCACAACUGCAGGCUGCUGCGUCUUUUGCAUGUCGAUUGGGAUGGGCAGUGAAAGUAUUUGAUCCAGCAUCUGUUCUUCGAGAUACAAGUUUACCUGGAUCUCCUAGAAACAGUCUCAGUGAUGAAGAUGCUUCUCGUCGUAGUAUAAGCUCAGCAAAUAUGUUUGCUGAUGGUGAUGCUAGUCUGCAAGGAGAUGUUUCAGGGACAGAAAACUAUGGCCUAAGUUCUUUGCAUGAUCGUGUUGCGUUUGUUGUUGAUGCUAACAUAACAUCCUAUCUUAUGAUGGGGUCUGUUUCACCAGGUUUGAAAUCUCAUGCUGUAACGCUUUAUGAAGCGGGAAAGUUGGGUCAUGCUAGCAUUACGGAUCUUUGUAAGGAUCUGAGUACACUAGAGGGAACAAAAUUUGAAGGAGAACUACAGGAAUUCGCAAAUCAUGCAUUUAGCCUCCGUUGUGUUCUGGAAUGCCUUCAAUCAGGAGGAGUUGCAACUGAUGUGAAAACAGAUGAAGUUUGCAAUAACAUGGAUAUGAUAGCUUCAAACAAUGAUGAGGCCACACUCAUAGCUGAUGUAACUUUGACUGAAAAAUCAGGACACUUGACUGGGCAAGAAGUUGGGUUCGAUGAUGAUGUUUCUGUGAAAUCAGGGAUGCCCCAGGAAGGUUCUGUUUUGGCUGAACCUGUUAGUGAUAGAAGUGAUGAAAUAAUAAUUGGUACUUCAUCAGAAGAUAGCACCAGCUUAACUGAAGUCCCUAAAUCAGACUUGAAUCUGCAGAGUAAUGAGAAACAGGUGCAUGAUGAAGGGUCAGAUGUUGGAAAAGAAAUGUUAAAGAGGAAAAAUAAAUUCCGAGUGGAUAUCCUUCGCUGUGAAAGCUUGGCGUCUCUUGCACCAGCAACUUUAGAUCGGUUGUUUCGUCGUGACUAUGAUAUUGUUGUGUCUAUGAUUCCUCUUCCACCUUCGUCAGUACUUCCUGGACCAGCAGGUCCUUUUAAUUUUGGUCCUCCCUCUUAUUCAUGCAUGACACCUUGGAUGAAAUUAGUAUUGUACUCAACUGUGGCCUGUGGACCUCUAUCAGUUAUUCUGAUGAAAGGACAAUGUUUACGCUUGCUUCCUGCCCCACUGGCUGGUUGUGAGAAAGCCCUUUUGUGGUCUUGGGAUGGUUCUACAAUUGGAGGUUUGGGAGGCAAGUUUGAAGGAAAUCUGGUAAAGGGAAGCGUACUUUUACAUUGUUUAAAUUCACUUCUUAAAUACUCUGCCGUACUAGUGCAGCCCCUCAGUAAGUUUGACCUUGAUGAAUCUGGAAGAAUCAUCACUAUGGAUAUUCCAUUACCCCUAAAGAACUCUGAUGGUUCAGUUGCUUGCAUAGGGAAGGAAUUGGACAUGUGCGAGAAGGAAAGUUCAAAGCUGAAUUCUCUGUUAGUUGAUUUGACAAGCAAGAUAGAGUUGUGGACAGUUGGCUAUAUUCGCUUGUUGAAACUUUUUAAAGAAAGAGAUUCAGACCACUUUGCACCUGAUGAUGAGAAGUUUGAAUGGGUCCCAUUGAGUGUCGAAUUUGGGAUGCCACUAUUUAGUCCAAAAUUAUGCAAUAAUAUAUGUAAAAGAGUGGUCUCAUCGCAAUUACUUCAAAAAGAUUUACUCACUGAACAUCACGAUGCAAUGCAAAGCUUACGGAAAAGGUUGCGUGAUGUUUGUGCAGAGUACCAAGCAACAGGUCCUGCUGCUAAACUUCUUUACCAGAAAGAGCAAUCAAAGGACUUUUCACGACAUCUCAUGAAUUAUGCAAGUGGAAGGUGGAAUCCACUUGUCGACUCUUCUUCUCCCAUUUCAGGAGCCUCGAGUGAGCAUCAGAGACUCAAACUUGCUAACCGACAUCGUUCCCGAACUGAAGUUUUGAGCUUUGAUGGAAGCAUUCUAAGAUCAUAUGCUCUAUCUCCUGUUUAUGAGGCUGCCACAAGGCCUGUUGAAGAAGCCCUUCCAGUUAGCACUACAAAAGUUGAGCAAGAAGAAGCUGACAGCAGAGAAGUAGUCCUUCCUGGUGUUAAUCUUGUUUUUGAUGGCUCUGAGUUGCAUCCCUUCGAGAUAGGUGCUUGUCUACAGGCUCGUCAACCAGUCUCAUUAAUAGCAGAGGCAGCAGCUGCCUCUGCAGUUAUUCAACAAAAUAGGGCUUCAUGAUAGAAUCUUGCUUGGAUGGCGUAUAUAGAAGAAUUCAUCAUGUUACUAGUGAGUAACAAUUAGGAAUUGUCAUGUCCUUCACGCUUGUUUUAUUCUGAUUAGUUGGCUCGUCUGCUCAUCUUUGAGGUUGGUCAAUGCGCAUCAGCUCCAGCUUUGUUCAAAGGAAGGCGUUUUCGUACAAAACUUUGUCAGAUUACGGAUACACCCCGGGUUUGUAACUACAGUGAAAAGAAUAUAUGGUUUUGCUUAAAUAUACACUUAAGUGGACAUGGUGCUUAGAUCCUGGUGAUUUAUGCCCACCAAUUAAACAAUACACACUUUUGUUUCAUUUUACUUUCCUUAAUUCUUUGUUCUUUUAGGGAGGUGGGGAUAAAAAAUGAUGCACAUUUAUUUCUGCAAUUUUCAUUAAUAUAUGAAAGUAUUCUUGAGGAAAGAAAAGAAAAAGGCAUUGUGUGGUAAAAUUGCUCUCGACGUCUUAUGUGAGUUUUCACUGUGAUAAGUUCACACGAGUCACACUUGUAGACGAAAUGAUGUGGUGAAAAAUGAUGAAGGAUGUAUUUUCCUUUUUUAUUUUUUGAAGAAGUUAUUCCGUGGACCUCCUCUUUCGAGUGGGCGGAAAUGAAAAAUUGAUGUUAGCUAAUUAUGGUUGGAAAAAUGUUCAUUUAUUUGGAUGAAUUCGUGGAAGAAAUAAAUGUAUUUAUUUUA